AGUAUACUAUUCCUUCAAUAACUAUACUUUGCUCUGUUUCUUUCUAAACUUGCUCCUGCCGUCGAAGAGCAACUCCUUCUCGAACAAAGAAGAAAAAGAGUACCAACUGCUUUGAUAAUUGUACUUCUCCUUUAAUUUGCUUGAAGAGUAGAGGAUCUUGACAAAUGUGAAGCACUUGGAGUAUCAUUUUCAAUGGGAGAAGCAACUCAAUAUUUCUCUUCAAGAAGAAGCUAAGGAAGCAGAUGUUAGGAAGAAUAUUCAUGCAAAUGCUUUCCCUCAAUCCUUCAUUUCUUGGCGUACAAAAUAUAUAUAAGAAGUGGAUUGAAAUAUUCUUCAAUAUAGUAUUGGUCCUGAGUUGCCAAUCCGCUGCUACACUCCUUGGCGAACUUUACUACAAAGAGGGUGGAAAAACCACAUGGUUGGUUUCACUUUUGCAAAAUGGGGGAUUUCCAUUACUUCUUCCCAUUUAUUUCCUGAAUAAAAUUCCUAAAAAAUGUACUCUUAUUAGUGAUGACGAAAACAACACGAGCAGUGCUAUAUCUAUUUGGAAGUUAUUAUCGGUAUACGUCUUUCUUGGUACUCUAUUGGGUGGAUGUUGUAUGUUGAGUGCUGUGGGCUUGUUAUACCUCCCUGUUUCAACAUUUUCCCUUAUUAACACAACUCAAUUGGGGUUCAACACCUUGUUCUCAUUUUUCCUCAACUCUAAAAAAAUAACUACCUAUAUAGCCAAUUCUAUAUUCCUACUCACUAUCUCAUCAAUUCUUCUUGUGUUGCAACGUGAUGACUCCUCUUCAGGCCAUAACAAAGGCGGUAAACAUUAUAUAAUAGGGUUUAUAUGUAAGCUAUUUGCCUCAGCAGGUUAUGCAUUGUUGUUAUCAUUCACAGAGCGCGUGUUCAGGAACAUCAUAAAAAAACGAACAAUGAAAGAAGUGAUAAACUUAGUGAUUUGGCAAUCAUUUUUCGCCACUUGUGUCAUUCUCAUUGGCCUUUUCGCGAGCGGAGGAUGGAAAGGUCUUAAAACAGAGAUGCAGGAAUACAAGCUAGGGAAAUUGUCCUAUGUUAUGACAUUGGUAUGGAAUGCUUUGUGUUGGCAGGUUUAUACAAUUGUUGUUCUCAGCUUAAUUACGAAGGUGUCUGCCCUAUUUGCCAAUGUCAUUACUGCAUUGACUAUACCUCUUAUUCCAAUUCUUGCUGUUAUUAUAUUCCAUGAAAAGAUGAGUGGGAUGAAGGCUGUUUCCAUGAUUUUGGCCAUUUGGGGAUUUUUAUCCUAUGCUUAUCAGCAAUAUCUUGAUGAACUAAAGCGCAAAGCUGAUAUGUCAAAGGCCAAUGAAGAAUCUGAAGUUUCCCUUGUUGAACAAGCAUAAAUUAGUGAGACAACAUAAAAUUAAGAGUUGAAAAAUGAUGAGUUCUAAUCUACAUGGAGUACUCUUUCAUUGUUAUUCCCUCAUUAUGAUCUAUUUCUGAGCAAUUGUCUGUGUUAGCAUUUUCAUGGUAUUACUUUUUCUCAAUGCAUAAACAUAUGUAUACAAUUGAGAAAACAGGGGCGAAGGUACAUUGUCAAAGGGUGAUCAAUUUGUCGAAAAAUUAUAGUGUGUAUAGAAAUAAAAUAUUACUGUAGGUUUUA